CUAUAACAUCUUUAUUUCAACAAAUGAUAAUCAUACCACAAUUCAUGAUUUAUGAUCCCUUAUUCCUUACCCCUCGUUAAUCAAGAUAACCGUUCACACACCGAGUGUGAAUCCUCCGACCCCAUCCUAUCUCGGCCAAACACAAACCACCAAGACAAUGCUUCGCCGCAAACCUACCGCUCUCACAAUAACAAACGAAGACAUUGCGGCGUUUGAAGAACAACUCGCCCGCAGACUCGCCUACACGCGAUACCUCAAGACCGGUGAAGAUCCAGAAGGAUACUUUCGCAACCAUCAACAACAACAGCAGCCGCCUGGUGGUGGUGGUCAUUAUUACGACCAAGAUGCGCAGAUGCAGCAGAUGACCAACAACCAACGCGACGCUGCCAACAAUCACAACAACAAUGGCAUGUCUGCGACAACAACAACAAUUGAUCCGAACGACGAACUCAAACCUUUACCUGGAGAUAAAGCUCGUAUCGUGAGGAGUAGAGAGGAUAGAAUUAUCGGGACGGGAAAUAGAUGACACCGACAAAAACAUACACGCAACAAUCGCCACCACCCCAAAAAAAACAGAGAGAAGGAUUUGGAUCAAAUGGGUCAAGACAUGAUUAUGGAGUACGACAUUCAAAGUCACGAAAAAGAGAGAGAGAGAGAGAGAGAGAGAGAGAGCAUACGCGCGAUGCCUUAUAUCCCAGGUAUCAUACCAUUUCAUCCCAUGGGAUUCGUGGCCAGACGGCGCACUUUCCGAAGAAGAUCAAGGGUUUGACAAAGCAAGGGCAUUGAUUGGGGGAAAUCUCUACAUGAGAGGUGAGAAGAGUGUAAUAAAUCACCAUGUCAACUGGUACCUAAUGGCGCCAAAGUGAAUGAGAAGGCAAGCCACAAUAUCAAGCCCAGGCCAAGUGGCAAUGUCGGAAAAUCAUCACAUACAACACUUCAAGAGCAGGUCGAAGAUAUCAACUCUAUUUAAUUGAGACGAUUUCCAGGAGUCGGGUAAUCAGAACAUGAGGUAUGAUGAUUGAUGUUGAAGAGGUUAGGUUGGGACAAAGCUGCCUAAUGGAUAGGUAUGGGCUUUGCCAUCUGCUCAAUACGAUGAUUUCACGCAGUCAUCGCGUGAACGCCUCGACCAAAUUCUUAUUCUUUC